CCGACCCCGAGACUCUCAACAUUUCCCCCAUUCACAACAGAGCUUCUUCUUACUAUGUUGAAACAGGGAAGCUUCGCUAACCAAUCUCCAUUGCCUUCCUUACCCGUUCUCAUAAACAAAACCACUCCCCCUUACGUAGUAACAAGAGCAAGUUCCACCAUUAACGUUCUGAAGCUUCAAAAUCCAGGUCGACGAUCCAUUCACUGUACUGCUACUAGGCGGAGGGUUAGAUAUGAAGACGAAGAUGAGGAUGAAGACUACGGUCACAAUUCCGAUAUCGCUAUGUUGGAAUCAUACAGUGAGUCAACCAGGAACGAAGUUCUUCUGGUGCGAGCAAUGUUGGAUGAUCAAGAAGAAGAAGUAUUAAUCUUCAAGGGAUUCUCUUCUUGCUUGAGCUAUAGAACUUCACCGGAUCCAUCACAAAGUGUUCUUCCAGCAAGAGCAGUGAUCAAGUCCAUCGACCGAAUUAAAGGACCCUAUAAUCCUUCCAAUGUCGAGUACAUAGAGAAAGACAUAACAUGGGAAGACUUUAAGAGUCGUCUUCUAUCUGAUCAAAUCUAGUUUUAUUUUAUAU